AUGGGAUGGGCUAAGAAAGACGUUGCCGGUAAGCCCAGCUCCUCAUCUGGUGGUAAGAAGGCUAAGAAGAAGUGGUCCGCCAAGAAGGUCAAGGAUAAGGCCAACAACAUUGUCAUGCUCGACAAGCCUACCUACGAACGUAUGAUGAAGGAAGUUCCCACCUACAAGCUCAUCUCUCAAUCCGUCUUGGUCGAUCGUCUCAAGUUGAACGGUUCUUUGGCUCGUCUUGCUAUUCGUGAACUCGAAGCUCAAGGUUUGAUUAAACCCGUCUCUCGUCACCACGCUCAAAUCAUCUACACUCGUGCUACUGGCGAUGAAAAGAAGGCCGCUGCUGCUGACGAAGAAUAAAGUGGGACGCAUUCGUUAUAUUUCUACACAAUUGAAGAAAUAAACUAUUCUUAUGAAACACUUUCAGUUCGAAUCAAA